AUGAACUUCCUCUUCAAAUCGAUUUCUGGGUUCCAGUUCCCGUACUCGCUGGCAUCAGAACCCACUGUUCGCACAUCUAUCUGGGAGGCCUUUGAUGGCCACAGAAAGUCUGAUUCCCAACCUGUGACGGUAUUCAGCUUUGAAAGACGUCCCGGUAACGCCGUCUUGGAGACCUUGAUCACCAAUGCUAUUCGUCAUUUCAAGAUUUUGAAGCUUCCCGGACUUGUCAAAGUCUUGGACGUUCUCGAGACUAGUGCUACGACCAGCUAUGUGGUCACCGAGAGAGUCACACCUCUGGAAACGCAAGGCCUAAGCUCGCAAGCACUCAGUCUCGGGAUCUUCCAGCUCGCAGAAACUCUCACUUGUCUACACAGUCAGGCCCAGGUUGUUUUGGGCACUCUGUCCGCAGGAACAGUUUUCGUCAACGAACGAGGCGAAUGGCGGGUUUUUGGCCUCGAACUGUGCUCCAAAAUAGCAGAACUGCAUCUUUUGAAGCAAAAUGCUGGACCCUACGCAUCAUUGGUCGCUGAUACAAGUCUGCACAUCACGCCAAUCAGCUCUGCAAACGCAGAUGCCGUCUUACUGGCCAAAUUCAUUUCUAGCAUCUGCAAACCGCUUCCAAGCGACUGGACCUCAUUGCUACCGAGCAUGGAACAGGGCAGGCUCACUCUCGCACAAUUCAUGACCCGCUUCAUGAGCACGCGUCCUUUCCAGUCCACUUUGAUUAUCAUUUACCAAGAUCUCAAGGAAUUCCACAUCAAGGAUCCACAGGGAAAGAUCGUGGCCAUGGCAGAUUUGCAGCGCAAGAUCAUGGAAGACCCCGAGUCCCUCAGAGGUUGUACGCCUGGCUUUGUCGAGCACUAUCUCAUUCCGGAAAUAGCACAGUGCAUCGCGACAAUUUUGGAGGCACAAAAGCUUCAAGCUGGUUCGAUGGCUACCACGAGCACAGUUUCAUUUGUCGCUUCCCUCCUCGAACUUACUUGCUCUAGUCAGCCGGUUACAGAUUCCAAACCGGUGUUUGACAAGUACGUCAAGCCACUUAUACUUGAGAAUUUUAAACAGCCAGAUAGACAGGUGAGAUUUCUGUUGCUGGUGUACUUCUCCAGCUACCUUUCUAAAAUGACCAACUCUGAGGUAUCUGAUCGCAUCUUCCCUCACUUCGUGCAGGGUCUAGCUGACACAGAUGUAACGAUGAGAAUCCAAACCUUGAAAAGAAUUCCAGACAUUGUUCCAAUGAUCACAGAGCGUCAACUCAACAAUGAUCUGCUAAGACAUUUGGCAAAAACGCAGGUAGACGCGGACGUUGAAAUUAGGACUUGGACCAUAUUAACAAUAUCUGGUCUAUCCAAAAAACUGUCACCAUCAAAUAAUAGGUCGGGCAUAUUGGCAACGGCUUUCACCAAGUCGCUCAAGGAUCCGCAGGUAAAACCUCGGCUUGCAGCGCUUCAUGGACUCGAAACAUCUUUAGAGCUGUUCGACAUAGACACAAUAGCCAACAAGAUUCUUACGGUUAUCGCGCCGGGACUGCUAGACAAAAACAAGCAAGUUAGAAGCAAAGCUAAAGACCUUUUCCGCUUGUACCUCUCCAAAUUGGAAGCGGAGGCGGACCGAAUUCCUACUGCAGAUAAUGAGCACAUCGACGUAGACUUUGAGUCGAAUAAUCGAGACGAGGCCACUGUUAUACGCCAAUUUAUGGAGACGCUAAGGCUCUCUACGCCUACGGUAAUGCCACAAGCUGAAGCCAACCCACUUUCAGGGCCUCUGGAGAGCUCUGAUUGGGUAGCAAAUGAUGCUGGUUGGGAAGAUACUGACGAAUGGGAUAAUGAAUCGCCUAUGGAGCAGAGCUUUCCAAGAAAUACAGAUUUGAACGUUGCUCAUGCUGUCCGUUUUUCUGAUUCGGAAACAAUCACGAAAGAACCGGCCGGAAAAGUCAAGAUACAAAAAACCUGGAACGAUGAACUAGAGGACGAUGAUUGGGACUCUUGGAACAAACCAGCCAAACUUCAAACAAGUUCCAAAAUAAGCUCAACAGCUCGGAUGACAGCGCCAAAGAAAGUUUCUAGCACCACAGUCAAGAAGAUACAAGUUUCAAAAAUAAAAGAGAGUUUUGAUGUUGCUGAGCACGAUGAUCAAGAAGAUGGCUGGGGUGACGAAUGGUAA